AUGCAAUGCCUAUGGUUUUGCUUCAAGAAUAUUUUGCAGGCAGACCUUGACUCUGUGAAGGAUAACUGGAACAGCCACUAUAUCCGAAGAUCGCGUCAUGAUACUAUCCCUGGGAGACCGAAUGAACUGUAUUACCUACCUGAGAACAGUGGCUUCCAAGACCACAAAUGUGACGUUUCUGAAGAACAACUUAGAGAUAUGGGUAUAUACUGCGAAUUGCCUGACGAUGAUAACACUUUUGAGCAAUACUUCGGUUAUGUUAUGGAAAGCCAGAAUCUAGUACCACCUUCAACCUGGAGAGAAGCAUUAUUUCUCUAUAACAACUUGAUGCAUUUUGCGGAUCCGGAGUUGUAG